GGUUUUUGGUUUUUUCCCUAGCAACUUUGCGUGGUGCCAUUGCUUUUUCUCCAUGAACGAAUUCACGUCACUACGCCAAACUUUUCGAAUAGGUUCCAAAUCGUUCACGUAAUGAUUGACGUCAUAACAUCCAUUUGUGGAGCCGUGGGGGUCCGGGAUUCCUCUCAUCAAUGGCCGAGAGAUUCCAAAGAUUCAGGAUCGCCAAAGGGUCACUGUGUCACGAGCAUUCUUCCUAUGCCACUCAACACCAACUCAACGUUCAGAGCCACGCAGCCUAGCAGAGAACCGCCUAGAAGCACAGAGAGAGAGAGCGAGAGAGAGAGAGAUGGCUGCUCCUCUCCCUCGUAGAACGUCUGUACAUUCCUCCCAGCGGAAGAUUCUGCCGUCGGCCUUUACUCUUCCAUGGUUGGUUGUUGUUCUCUCCUUGGUCGGAGGCGCUUUCCUGGCUCUCCCUUUUCAGGUGCAAAGCAAUGAAGUGGAUGGAGAGGAGCUAAUCACUGAAAUUCUGAGAGAAGAAUCAGUUCAUAGGCUACAGCAGCUAGGAGAGGUAACUGAUGGCGAUGGUUAUCUUGAGAGGACAUUCCUGAGCCCAGCCUCUUUCAGGGCUUUGGAUUUGGUUCGUGACUGGAUGCAGGAUGCAGGAUUAACAACUUGGAUUGAUCAGAUUGGAAAUCUACAUGGACGGACUGAAGGAAAUAAUAUAACUGCACCAACUCUAAUUAUUGGUUCUCAUUUGGAUACAGUGAUUGAUGCUGGAAAAUAUGAUGGUUCAUUGGGUAUAAUAUGUGCAAUAUCUGCAUUGAAGGCUCUGAAGGCCAGUGGAAGGCUGUCAGAACUUCGAAGGCAGAUAGAGAUCAUUGCAUUUUGUGAUGAGGAAGGUGUUAGGUUCCAGUCCACGUUUCUAGGAAGUGCUGCAAUAUCUGGCUCACUUCCACCAGCAAUUAUGCAAGUAUCUGAUAAGAGUGGUAGAACAGUUCAAGAUGCAUUAAAGGAAGCUAAUUUUGAAGGUUCUGCAGAAAGCUUGCUUCAGCUCAAGUAUGAUCCUCAGUCAGUUGGGGGUUAUAUUGAGGUUCACAUUGAGCAAGGCCCAGUACUGGAAUCACUCGGUCUUCCUCUAGGUGUUGUUCAAGGAAUUGCUGGUCAAACACGUUUAAGGGUUACUGUGAAAGGUGUACAAGGGCAUGCUGGUACAGUUCCAAUGUUUAUGAGGCAAGACCCAAUGGCGGCUGCUGCAGAACUUAUUUUAUUAGUGGAAGACCUCUGCAAACAUCCACAAAGUUAUAUUGCCAGAGGUAGACAAUACCAUCCUUCUGCAAAUGAAGCUACAACUGGUAUGCUUGUCUGUACUGUUGGACAAAUCUCAUCCUGGCCCAGUGCAAGCAAUGUCAUCCCUGGUCAGGUAACCUUUAGUGUGGAUAUACGUGCUGUUGAUGACACUGAACGUGAAGCUAUAUUUCUCGAACUAGGCAAGAGGCUGCAGAAAACAUGUGAACGACGCCAUGUUUCUUGCUCUCUUGAACGCAAGCACGAUGCCGAAGCUGUGCAUUGUGAUCCUGAACUGAACUCAAAGCUCAAGUACGCUGUGCAAUCCGCUAUGAAGAGUAUGGGUGUUGUCCAAGUGAAUGACGUGCCGCUUCUUGUUAGUGGAGCAGGGCAUGAUGCUAUUGCCAUGUCCCGCUUAACAAAGGUAGGCAUGUUGUUUGUUCGCUGUAGAGGUGGGAUAAGCCAUUCUCCUGUAGAAUAUGUCAUGGAAGAUGACGUCUGGGCUGCUAGUCUGGCUCUCCUCAAAUUUCUUCAGGAUAUGGUCUAAAGCAUAAAAAUGAAUGUUGGCGAUUCUCAUGUCUUAUCUUUUCGUUAUCUUUGGAAUUGGACCUUGUAUAAAUGGAUUGGGAUGUUGUACAUAGCUUAAUUAUAUUUAGCCGGUUCAUUCCUCCCCUAGAAGGUCUAAAUUUGCACAGUUGGUGUUGCCAUCGCCCCUUGUAUCGCUGAUUGUUAGUAUCAGAUAUUGUACGUAUCAGGCUGAAUAAGGUUUUCAUGAUUUUUUGAA